UCUUCAACAUGUGUGCUAUAUUUGAGUGUUCAUGGAAAAGGUCGACGGACUUUCUUCAGGGCAAAGAAAUGUUUGCAAGAGAACAUGAUGGAAACAGACACGGUUUCGGUGGAGCCACGUUGGAAACGUGACUUGGAGUUACUUUGUAAAGCCCCGAGAGUGGCGAGCAACUUUAUCACCUCAUCUCUAGAAAAAUGUUUUUAUAGAUUGGGGAAAGUAGUCGGCGGCAGUCCAUGGAUCACCAUUUUUAUUUCAUUAGCUACUUGCGGAGUGUGCCUCUUAGGUGUUCUCAAAUUUACAAAGGAGAAUAGAGUAGAUAAGCUUUGGACGCCACAAGAUUCGACCGUCCAAAGACACAAAUUAUGGAUACAAAAGAACUUCCCGGCACAGAUGAGAGUGUCUAGUGUGCUUCUUGUGGCCGAUAAUGUCCUUACCCCCGAGGUUAUGAAAGAGGCUUUAAUGGUCUAUGAGAGGGGAACAAAAAUUGAUCAAAAGACUAAAUAUUCCUGGGAGAAUAUAUGUUUCAGAAUUGGCCCGAUUUGUUUAAAAAGUGGUUUGUUGGAGCUCUGGUCUUUUGACGAAGCUGUAAUAAACCGUCUCACAAGAGAAGACAUUUUGGAAAAGAUAAACCAAAAAGUUAUAAUAAGUCCAAUGACCAGAAAAAAGUUUGAUUUAUCAAAGUGCAUUGGGGGAAUCAAGAGGAACUCGACAGGACACGUGGUUGCUGCAGAAGCUACAUCUCUUUUGUUUGGAAUCAAAUUCAAUCCAAAACUAAAUGCAAAGGAAGGACGUUUGGAGGAUAAGGUGGUCGAGAAAUGGGAAAAAGAGUUCAAUAAACUGAUGGACACGACUAAAACAACUAAUGCGAAGCUUUACUACAUGACAGAAGUUAGAUAUAGAGAAGAUGCAGACAAAAGUAUACAAGACGACAUUGUUCUGCUUUCUUGUGGAUACAUCCUUGUUAUUUUUUAUGUUUCUGUAAUGUUGGGAAAUUUCAGUCGCAUGAAUACCAAGGUUUGGCUGGCGAUAUUUGGGGUUCUUUGCGUUGCUUUAUCCAUCGGUGUGUCAUUUGGAAUAGCAAGUGCAUGUGGAAUUUUCUACGGUCCAAUUCAUUCUACAUUACCUUUCCUUUUACUUGGUAUUGGAGUAGAUGACAUGUUUGUGAUCGUUCAAGCUUGGAGCAACUUAACACCAGAAAUAUGUCAGACCCAACCGAUACAAGAACGAAUUGGACUUGCUCUGAAACAUGCUGGAUGCUCAAUCACCAUCACAACUUUGACGGAUUUUCUUGCCUUUCUUAUAGGAUCAACUACGAUUUUACCAGCACUGAGAUCAUUCUGUAUUUAUGCGGCAAUAGGUGUUUUGGCAGACUUCAUCCUUCAAGCUACUUUGUUCACAGCGUUAUUGGCGAUCGACGCGCGCAGGCAAAAGAAAAAAAGGGAUGGCUUUUGCUGCUGUUGCAUAACGUUACCAGAUAACUAUCGAGAGAGCUCCCUUGCAAAAAAAGAUUUUCUCAAAACGAGCAUAGACAAGAUUGGAGCAGCUAUGCUGUCUCUUCCUGGGAAGGUUAUUGUGAUCAUCAUAACAGGAGCCCUGUUUGGUUUUAACCUCUAUGGAGCAAUUAUGCUAAAGCUGUCCUUCGAUCAGAACCGCUUUUUGCCUCCUGACUCUAUGUCCUACAAGUAUACGUUUACCAACAGGAAGUAUUUUCCAGUAAACGGGGCCCCAGUGAAGAUAUAUACAGGAAAGUUCGAUUACUUUAAAGAACAAGAUAAACUUCACAGGGUCUACAAAAUUGCAGUCAGUGACAAAAAAUACAUAGUUUCUAGUUCUAUAACCAGCUGGUAUGAAGACUUUGUUAGCUGGGCUAUUGACAAGAAACCAGGAAAGUGUAUCCAGAAAAGGAGGAUCACCAACGAGACAUGUUUUUAUCCAUGGCUGGGCGAGUUCCUUCGUACUUCUGGUCUCAGUUAUCAGAGUGAUAUCAGGACAAAAAAUGGGACUGGUCAGCUUCCACUACAGAUUCUGGCAUCUCAGAUACGCUUGAGGCACAGAAACUUGGACUCAACGCGAGAAGAAGUGAAAGCAAUGGAGAAUUUACGAGACAAGAUUAAAACCGUGUUUCCAAAUGACAGCCUUGGAUUUCCGUUUUCACCAUAUUACUUUACAAGUGAAACAAAUAAGAUUAUUUCAACGGAGCUUUACCGAAACAUGGGCCUGGCACUUUUAACAGUAUUGGUGGCUACUCCUGUUGUGUUAUCAAGCUUGAGGACAUGCUUUUUAGUCUUUUCCUGUGUUGGAUUUACAUUGGUUGGAAUAAUGGGAACAAUCCAUUUCUGGGGUCUGACAAUUGAUAUUGUGACUACCAUGUUCCUUGUGUUGGCCGUUGGAUUGUCUGUGGAUUACUCAUCCCACAUUGGACACACUUUCAUGAUAACAUCUGGUACACGAAAAGAACGAGCGCUGACCACCCUACGUGACAUGGGGCCUGCAGUUUGGAAUGGUGGCUUUAGUACAUACAUAGCUGUUGGCCUUCUGGUGUAUUCCAAUUCUUAUGCGACAUUGACUUUCUUUAAGGUGUUUUUUUGUGUUGUAUUUUAUGGAUUAUUCCAUGGCCUGUGCUAUCUUCCCGUAUUGCUCUCCCUGAUUGGACCUUCCCCAUAUGAUUCUUCUGAGGUCAACACAGAGGAGAGUCCAUCAUCCUCAAAGCCUGAUGACAACACUGAUUGUAAGGGAGCCUAUUUCAAUCCUUCACUAGAAACAAGCACAGGAGAUCUGUUAAAUGCUGGUGCUCAUCAGCAAAAGUCCUCCCUCGUGUUAAUUGAAGAUUUGGAAAUGCCACAACGUUAG